GCAUACCUUAUACACACAGUACCUGAACUUGUUGAGGUUUAUGCCUGCUCCAACAGGACCGCUUCGAACAAUUCUUCCUCGCCAUUGAAGUACGCCGGUGUAUCCUGUUCGUGUAUCCCUGACAUUACUAUCGACCAGGCACUUUUGCAUACUACGAUGUCAGGCGUGUGCUGAGGGGCUUACCUGCUCAAAAGUCGACUGAGAGACAACUCGCGGACAGCCGGAUAAAUGUCGAGCAGCAGCGGGGACAGCAAUAUUUUCACCACCGUCCUGUCCGGCGAAGGCGGCUCCAAAUGGCAAAUCGUCAUAGCUCUUCUUGCGAGCAGUGUGGGGUUCGUAGUCGCUAUAGUGAACUCGGCUUUCGCGUAUUUCCGUGACAAGAAGCAAAUGGAGGAGCUGGCAGCGCAGGAGCGCCGCUUUGAGGCGUUCAAGAAAGAGCUGGAGGACAAGCAGCGGAGGCUGGUGCGCUACGAGAAUGUACAAGAGCUGAUGAAACAAUACAAGAAGCCGCUGCUCCAAUCGGCCUUCGACUUGCAAUCCCGACUGGCCAACCAGGUUCGGUCCAACUUUCUAUGUAAGUUCGCCAACCAGGGCGAUCGCGACAAGGAGUAUGCGCGCCUGAACAUGGCAUUCGUGAUUGCGGAGUUCCUGGGUUGGCUGGAGGUGAUUCGCCAGGAGAUUGUGUUCAUCGUGGGUGAGGGAACCGCCAACCUCAACAUGAUCAUCGACGCCAUCAAGUUCCAGUUCACGGGCGACACGCCGUGCCAGGGCAAGAGCAAUGAACCCAAGGAGGCGGAUGAGCACUGGCAAGUCCUGCAGCUGUACGCCGGCGAGCUGCGCGCCAUCGGCGAGGUAAUGUUGACGGAGCGGGCGGAUGACGACGACAACACUGGCUCCAACCUAGCAGUCAUUGGGUAUGCGGAGUUUCAACGGCGCUGCAACGCGACGGAGCCGGAGGACGGCGCGCUGCCCAUCGAGGUGGCGGAGUGGAAGUCAUCCAAGGCCCGGCUGCAGCAGGAGACGCUCAAGCCGCUGAUGCACUGGAUCGACAAGCUCAUGGAGCUGGACGACAAGUCAACGCCCACAAAGCGCAUGACCAUGCUGCAGGUGCUGCUGUGCAAGCUGAUCGACGUGCUGGACAAUGCGGUGCCGUACGAGGUGGGGCCCGAGUACGACCUGGAGAACAACGAGGAGCCGCGCUACAUCACCCGUGACUUCCGGCUGACGCCGCUGGUGGGCCGGCUCACGAAGAAGCAGCUGGAGUGGCUUGCGGACCAGCGCUUCAUGGUGGGGGCGUACCGCCUAGUGGACUGGCAGUUCCACUCGGACUGGUGGAACACGCUGUGCGAAGGCCGCGAGCAGGCGGAGCGCACCAUGUACGAGAAAGUGGCGUUCCCGGGCUUCCGUGAGGACCUGCGCACGGAGAGGGACGGGUCACAGAGGUCGCAGGAGUCCCGUGAGAAAGCGCUGGGCAAAGAUGGAUGGCCUGGUGCCUGCCCGCCGAAGAGCCCACGUGUCCGUGACACAUGGUGGUGGGCCGCGCUGUCCCACGAGGCACACAAGGCCUACAUGCAGGAGCUGUAUGCGAAGGGCCGCCGGCCGCCGCCGCAGCACAUGGGGGGCGGCCUGUACAAGUCACUGUCCCUGACGCGCGGUAACCCGGCUGCCGCACCGGACGCGCGCGAGACCAGCGGCUACUGGCCAUUCAGCAUCCUGCGCAAGCGCAAGGGCGGCGGCGCUGCGGACGGGCACGCCAACAACAAGGUCAGCCCGGUUCCGGCCCCCGAGUAUGACCCGCGGCCCGCCAUCCUCACCACGCCGUCAGUGCACCAGCUUCGGUGGGCGCCAUCCGCCGCGGCCUCGCCCACACCCUCGGUUCACUUCGCUGGCGCGUCCGGACGCGGCAACGACGCCAUACAGCCCAUGGGCAGCAACCCGCGCACCAACGCGGGCUUGUAAGCACCAGCAGUGCAGUAGGUGUAUGUGCUCGGAAGAAGCGUUGGACAUAAGGGCAUGUUUGAGUGCACGUUUGAGUGAGCGAUUGGUACAGUAUACUGACUGGACGUAUUCAUGAAUUAUGCACAUCAUCAUCACACGCAUGUGCACGUGUGACUAAGACGGGAAUACGCCAGGAGCACUGAAGAUUGAGCGUAGCAAAAGCGUGGGCUGCUACCGUGAUGGACGUAGCGGACGUCGGGAACCAGGCGGCAAAGUGAGGGCAAGGCCCACGGCGUCAUGUGAUGCAGAGCAUUUGGGCACUGGCCAACGCAAUUACCAUGGGUGCCGUAUGGUGUGCUUGUACACCCUAUUUGACAUGAGUAUGCAAGGCUGGGUGACUGACAGUGGCGGGGCACCUGCCACCUGGCGCCAAUUGUUUGCGGUGGAUUACAGCUGUGAUGAUGAGGAAGCUGGUACCUCGGACCUAAAGGAGAGGCUGGAGAGCAC